GGCGUCGCAGAGGGAUUGGGAAGGGAAAGAAGAGGCUCGGAAGCCUGUUCUCCAGGCUUCAGGGCACAGGGCGGUGUCCCCCUUCUCCGGUCACUUGGCCGGGUCUGGCUGCAGGAGGUGUGGCCCACAGCCCCAGUGCUGACAGCCGUGUAGGGGCCAAGUCGGCUGGAUUCCUUCCCUUCCCUUCCAGCCCGGGUCCGUGGGAAGUGAGAUGUGCUGGGUGAAGACCCUUAGACCCGGCUGCAUCUGGACGCCACCUGCCCCUUCUGGCUGGGAAAAGAUGGUCAACGUCUUGAAAGGAGUGCUAAUAGAAUGCGACCCCGCCAUGAAGCAGUUCCUGCUCUACUUGGACGAGUCCAAUGCCCUGGGCAAGAAGUUCAUCAUCCAGGACCUUGACGACACGCACGUCUUCGUCAUCGCCGAGCUGGUGGGUGUCCUGCAGGAGCGUGUGGGCGAGCUCAUGGACCAGAACGCCUUCUCGCUCACCCAGAAGUGA